UAAAAGGACAGCUUAGAAAAGAUGCGGUCUAAAUUUCACAAAACACGUCUUGUAAGAUAACAACAUACUUGAACAAGACGUGAAAAGAGAGCAGGGCAAAAAAAAAAUAAAAAUUGGACAACAGGCUUGAAACUAUGCUGCAUCCUUUUCCGUAAUUGUUGGACGAGGCCCGCCCAUACUCCAGCUCAUCAGACUCCGCUGGCGGUAUACUUCGAUGGACAAUCUAUUUGCGGCCCAAUACCGGUCCAAAAUAUCAUAGCCAGUAACAUUUAAGAGCAGGUGGACGGAGCAGCAUCACGGAUCUGAAAAAACAUCACUAAGGAGCUUAACACUAGCGCCGUUCAUCCUACUCGACCCAAGAUGGAUUUUCAGAGUCAUUUCCAGUAUAUUUUCCGCCAGCUCAACUACCAGCGUCUCCAUGCCCAGCUAUGCGACUGUGUGGUGCUGGUUGGAGGUCAGACUUUCCAGGCUCACCGCGCCAUACUGGCGGCCAGCAGUUCUCACUUCAGGGCACUACUCAGUUCAAAUGACAGCGGAGAUGAAGGUGGGGGCCCUAGCACUAAUAAGAGUGAGUGUGGGGGUCCAACUAUGAUGGCGCUAGACCCUGAAGUGGUGACACCCGAAGCUUUUUCUACGUUAUUAGAUAUGAUAUACACUUCUACAUUGUCACUGGGGAGCUCAAAUGUUAUGGAUGUACUCUUGGCAGCCUCCCACCUUCAUCUUAAUGCUGUAGUCAAAGCCUGCAAGCUACAUCUGUCAAAGAAAAACUUCCCCUCUGCACCACCUAAGGGCUGGAGAUCAGUGCAGACUUUUGACAGCUCCCAGCAAAAACGAGCAUCCAUGUACCAGCAAGUCACAUCUGGGUUGGAGGAGGACUCAGAGGAGGAUGCAGUGGUGGAGGUGAGCCAGUCUGAAGGAACUGAAGACAAAAUAGCACCUUCAUCCAGACACAAGAGAAAAUCAGAGGAUGAGAUGCUGUGCAUCAAAAAGAAACCUUCCACUGGAUCUGGGGAAAUGUAUAGAGAGUGUUCUCCCACUGUGAGCAUGAGUCUACUCAGUGCAGAGGACACUGGAGAGGACCUGCUGUCUCCUGAUAGCCUCAGGUUGCCUGAAAGACUCUGGGAAAGUCCAGGUGAAGAGGAAGAUGAGGUCGAGGAAAAAUAUGAAGCAACUAAAGGAGAGUCUGAUGAAAUCCAGCUGCCAAGUCAGUCGCACAGCAGUUUUGUAGAUAUCUGGGAUAAGGUUAAUGGGAAUGACAGAGACAAUGAGGUGAAAGUUAAAGUGGGAGAAGAAGGUGCGGAGCAUGAGGCUCCCAUGAUCACGAUGGUUGAGGUCAAAAGAGAAAACAUGAACUCUCCGGAAUUAAAACCUGUUAUAAAUGAUGCAUUACAGUGUCUGGCACAAGCCUCUCCAAAUCAACCCAGUGUUGACAAAAUGUCAACAGCUGAGGUUGAUGAAAGUAUUUUAGGAUCUCAUCUUUGCACAAAUCUAAACAGUGAAGUAGACAAAGGCAGCGGAGACACAGAGGACGAUCCAGUUGGCCUUGACAGUUUGUCUGACCUAGCAUUUUCUUGUUUUCUUAAUCCUACAACUGAGAGUGUUAUAGGAGCUCUAGAAGAGGACAGUUUAGCUAGUUUGACAGCUGCUGCCACUGAAGCUGCAGCUGCCAGUGAUGCUACUAUACCUAUGGACAAUAGCAGUUUGUGUCAGAAUGAAGAUCAAUCUAACUCCUCAUCCAUACAAUCCUCAGACUCCUCUCUGGCUUUUCCAGUAACCUCUGUUCCUCUGCAGCAACUACUACCAACUCAGUCAAGUGGAUUUACUGAUACACUUAUUCUGCAGCCAGCUCCAAACCCUCUGACAGGGUACUUGAGCAGUCUGGGUCCUGGACUUACCCUAGAGGCGUCUGUGAUUCAGCCCUCCUCCAAUGUUAAGAGCAGGGCAGCUGGAAGCUCCGGGGUGACAAGUUUUCGUCGCAUUGCUCCAAAAGUGCCUCCUGAAUCUGAAGUCAGUUCUGAUCCUUCAAGGGAGACUGCAGAGCGUCCGUCUCUAACCAGAGCAUCAGAGGACGUUAUGUCUAAAUGCAAGAAAGCAGCUGCUGAAGACCACGUCCUUUUGGUUGAAGGGGACAAAAAGUAUGCCUGCAAAAUGUGUUGUAAAACCUUUAUGAAUCUGACGGACUGUAAAAAACACAUCCGUGUUCACACAGGAGAGAAGCCCUACCCCUGCCCCAAGUGCGGUAAACGCUUUAGUCAGUCCUCACAUCUUUAUAAGCAUACCAAGAACUCAUGCCAAAACUGGAAAGAUGACCAAGCCUUCUCCGACUCACUUCCAGUGUAAAUGAAAGCCAAUUAAAACCACUUUGCCAAAAAGACAUUUAUUAUGCUUAAAAAAAAACUUUUGAUAAAGUUGUGGUAA